CAGAUUAUAUUCACGUUGGGUGUACAUUAUAAUAACCUGCAGUGUAAAUACAGUCGCGCAUUUUAGUAGAGGAAACUUCAAACAAAUCGAGCUUGGCUUAAGUGUAAUACUUAAAUAGAUAGAAAAACCGCAGCAGCUCAAAAGAAAGGGAGGUAGAGAUUACAGUAAACGAGAAAUGGCAGAGGUGACGAACGAGACUUUUCACCCGCAGAGUAUUAAAUUGCCAGCUGCUGUUGAAGUCUUUGCCAAUCUCAAAAAUGCCCAGAAAUUUGCGAUAGAUAUCGGUCUAUCUUUGACCAAAAUUGCAUAUUAUUCAACUGUAAGAUAUCGCAAAGCAUUGUACGAAGAUGCAGAAGAUGCAGCUACGACUACAACAGAAAAUGACAGUGAAAGAGAUUAUCAAGUCUUUGAGGGAAACAGACUUCAUUUUGUAAAGUUUGAGACUCGUCACAUAGAAAGUUGUUUAGACUUUGUGAAAGCAAAUUUAGUAAAUGUUGAGAGAUUUCAAGGAACAAGUAUUCAAGUUACGGGUGGUGGGGCUUACAAAUAUAAAGAGCUAAUUCAAGAGAAAUUAGGCACUCAAGUUGAUAAGAAAGACGAAAUUUGCUGUCUCAUUAAUGGCUGUAAUUUCUUACUUAAGAACAUACCCGGUGAAGCAUUUGAAUUUGAAAGACACGCGAAUCCUGAGUAUAAAUUUCAAAAAGCUUCACCUAAUAUAUUUCCAUAUUUAUUGGUCAAUAUUGGAAGUGGAGUCAGCAUACUAAAAGUUGAAUCUGAACAAGAAUUUGAAAGAGUCGGAGGUACAGCUACAGGAGGUGGAACAUUUUGGGGUUUAGGCUCUUUACUAACUAAUGCAAAGGGUUUUGAUGAGCUACUGCAACUAGCUGAAAUUGGAGACCACCGUAAUGUAGAUAUGUUGGUUAAAGACAUUUAUGGUGGAGAUUAUUCCUCACAAGGUUUGGCAGGUGACCUUAUAGCUUCUUCUUUUGGUAAAGCAGUCAAUUGUAAUAAGUCUGAGUCAGAAAUAUUUUUAGGAGCAAAAAAAUUUUCAGAAGCUGACAUAGCAAGAAGUCUACUUUUUCUAAUUAGUAACGAUAUAGGACAAGUAGCUAGCUUAUAUGCUUCUAUGCACAAUAUGAACAAAGUUUAUUUUGGUGGAUACUUUUUACGUAAUCAUCCAUUGUCUAUGCACACCAUAUCUUAUGCAAUUAAAUAUUGGACUAAUGGUCAAGUGAAACCACUUUUUUUACGACAUGAAGGCUACUUAGGUGCGAUCGGUGCAUUUAUUUAUGGUGCCAAAUCUGAAUCCAAUAAAUGCAGUUGGCUCGAGAAUUAUGCUGGCUCGUCUGGAUUCAAGGACGUCAUUAAAUCCGCUGAACUUGGUAUACAAGUUGAUCAACUAGAAAUUGAUCAAGCUGAGAAUGCAGUCAGUUUUUGUCCCUUGCUAAUUGAUCCAGCUAAUUACAAUCCUGAUACAACAGAUCUAGCGCAAGACAAAGAAGCGAGGGAUUACUGGCUUGAAUGUUUUGAGGAAUCAGUUGAUAAGUUUAUCACAAGAGCUAUUCACAGUCAACCACAAAGUCCAACUGCAAAAGAUAGGGCUAAAAAGCUCAAAGAAAAAUAUAUUAGUAGAUUGCAUUACCUUCGCGAACAACCAUUCGCUUAUGGAACAUUGACUGUUAGGACUCUUUUAGAUACUAUUGAGCACUGUAUGAAAGAAUUUGAUUUUCCAGAUCCUUAUCUUCACCAAAAAAAGUUAGAAAAUGAACAAGCAUUAAAACAUUUUAAAAGUAGGUUAGAUGAAAUUGACGCUUUGGAAGGAAAUGCAAAAGUAGAAGAACUUAUUAAAGGUGUACUAACUGGAAACAUUUUCGACUGGGGAGCUCAAGAAGUAGCAACUUUGAUGGAAACCACUGAAUUUUCUUUCAAAGAUGCACAAGAAAAGAUACCUGAGAGGCCAUGGCUGGAAGAUUGUUUAAAUGAAUGGACAACAAGAUUGCACGAAGAAGAACCACACAGGUGUGCCGCGGUGUUUAUUGAUAACAGUGGCGUUGAUGUGAUUCUUGGUAUUUUACCUUUUGUGAGGGAUUUACUGCAAAGAGGAACAAAAGUUAUCUUAUGUUCUAAUUCAAUGCCGGCACUUAAUGAUGUUACACACCCUGAGUUGGUAGUUAUCCUGAGGGAUGCUGCUAAAAUUUGUGAUGUGAUUAAAUAUGCCCUUAAAGAACAUCGACUAAUGCCAAUGGAAACAGCACAAGCUGGCCCAUGUUUAGAUUUGAGCCGGCUCAAUUUGGAUCUCUGCCUUGCCAUGAUCAAACAUAACGUGGAUCUUCUAGUGAUUGAGGGUAUGGGUAGAACUUUGCACACAAAUCUCUAUGCCAGAAUGAAAUGUGAAUGCCUGAAGCUCGCGGUGGUGAAAAACCGCUGGCUUGCUAAACGAUUAGGGGGAGAUAUGUACGCUGUGAUAUGUAAAUAUGAAAGAAAAGUCGAAAAAGCGGAUCUUCAAAAUCAAUCUUUUUCUAUGGAACAGUGUGCGUGCAAAAACAAAAGAAAAAAUAGUCUUCAUCAAAGUACAACUAAUUCUACUGAUGACGCUACUAGUCAAGCAUUGACUUCAAGUAAUAUUGAAAAUGAUAGUUCUGAUGCUACAACAACCAACACUACAAAAUAAUACCUAUUAUAUCUGUUUGUUAUUAUGUAACUUAUGAAAGACUUUUUAAUUUUAAAUAUUUUGUGUAUAAAAAUACUUUAAACCAAAAAGUUUAUCAAACCUAUUUUUAAAUCAAAGAACUUGAAUUUUAAUUUUGUUAGUGAACUUAAAUUUGUUAUAUUUAUUAAUUUAUUUAAAUUAAUAUUGGAACAUUUUUAAAUAAUGGAUCUUAAAGCUGUUUGCUCUUGUUAUUGUUACUGUUACCAAGUAGCAUUAAAUCAGUUUUUGAGACAAUAGUGACAAGGACGUUUUUAAACUGAUAAUAAUAUACGCGUCAAUAUGAAAAGAUAAUUUUACAGCAGUAAUUAUAAUUUAUCUUUACUGUGAUAUGAGAUUUUGAUCAACAUCAAAUCAAUUGCUAUUUGUAAAAUGUAAGAAAGAUUAGGCCUAUUUUAAUUAGUUCAAGUCUUAAGUACUUUAGUAUAAUAAUUAAGGGUUUUAUUAAUUUUUUUAUAACCGAGAAUGAUUUCAAAAUGGUAUUACUUAUGAAUAUUACUUAACUCGUUGGAUUUAAGAGAUUGUAACUUUCUUCUAUGCGUGAGUGAUUUAAAUAAUGUUUGAUAUACAUUUGAAAAUUAAAAUAGAUAUAACAAAGAAUUGUUGUUUAUUGAUAUAAAAAUUACAUAGGUUUUUUGUACAUCAUAUAGCAAACUAGUAUAUUAUUUAGUGUACAUACAAAGAUAACUUUUUGUAAAAGAUAUUUUUGCAUUGUUAUAACUUUUAAAUACAUAACUUAUGACUUGUAUAUGAACAUAAAAGUAUCGUGUAAAUAAAGAAUUAUAUAUUUUAAUGAUUA